AUGGCCUCCGGCGGCACGCGUACAACAUGCUCUGUCGCGAGCUACGUGACUUCGCUUGUGGCCACGACAUCUACGAGCACUACUACCAUUUAUGAAACCAGCACUAGCGUGUCCACCUCGAUCUAUGCGAGCACAGGCAUAAUUGUCGCUGGCACAGAAUGGGUCGCCUACGCUGGCUGCGCCAACUUUUAUUUGGCUUAUCACCCAGAAGGGCCAUAUGCCAACGGCAUGGGUACUGCACCUCCUGCAGGAGAUCCGAGCUACAGUACCACAGGCAGCGAUCCUGACGAUGACGGCACUGCUGAAGCCGGAACGAUAUACGAAUAUCCCAUAUGCUCGAGUUGCUGUUUGUCCUUGUACUAUAACUACGCCGAGUCUUCCUGCGCGGGACGCUACGACAUCUGUGGUGCUUGUAGGUACGACGGAAUCCCCGGAAUCCGUAAGCGCCACCUGGCAGCCGUGCAGGGCGCCUAUGAGCCAAGCAAGCCCAAGCUGCUACGACGACAGGCGGAACCGACAAUCUACGCGACAACGUCAAUGUACUGCGAUCCCGGUUCGUCUUACGUCGUUAGCAGCACUUCUCAGAGUACAGUGUAUGCAACUACAAUGCUAUUGACGACUUCUGUCUCGACCGCAGAUUUCACAACCUCGACGAUCAGCUAUGCGACUGUGGCGAGCACCAGCACGAGCGUGUCGACCAUCAGUUCCUGUUCCACCUCGAUCGAGCCAACUCCUCCGCCCGUGACAAGCAGCAGCUCGACUACCAUCACCUCGACGACGACGACAAGCACUUCCUCGAGUAGUUCGUCAUCGACAAUCCCGACUAGCUCCUCGACAAGCACUUCUUCAUCCAGCACUACGUCUUCAGCUUCCACGAGCACGACCUCAUCAGCCAGGAGCAGCAGCACGAGCACUUCAAGCACCGAUGGUCCGGUCACGUCGACCACGAGCACGGUCAGCACGUCUUCGUCGCCCACGAGCCCAUCAACGACUUCUAUCACAAGCACAAGCAGCGCGACCUCUGCGGUACCGAGCAGUGCACCCGGCACAGCGAGCUCCGAGAGCGCCGCAGAUAACACAAAUGCGGUCAUCGCGUCAGCGAGCACGACCACGAGCACGGCAGCUGACCCUCCUUCUGUCGUCAGCACGAGCUCAAGCGCCACACCGUUGCCCGUCAUCGUCAUCGUCCCCAGCGGUUCCACUGAAGAACCAUUCAGUAUUACGCCAGGUGCGACCCCCUCGACUGCGCCGUCUUCGAGUCAAGCAAGCCCUCUGCCGACACAAAGGACUGCAGUCUUCACCGCUCUCGAACCGACUUUGACUGCAGGACAGGCCGCAACUGUCGGCGCUACAGCUCCAAAUGGUGAUGUGACGUCGUUCGUCGUAUCCGUCGCGCCAGAUGGCAUGUCUACGUAUAUCCCGCUCUUCACGCCUGGACCAGCAGCAUCCAAUGCGAAGAUUGCGCCAGCUGUCGUCAACUCGGGCAUUCCACUCGUCAAUACUGCAUCGCAGCCCGGCAACGAUCACAUGAUUGCCAAAAUAGUAGCGCCGAGCGUAAUCGGCGCCGUCGCUCUCGCAGCGGUCAUCGGCUUGUUAGCUUGGAAAGGCGUUUCGAAGAUACCCUUCUUUAAGUCACUCUUCUCCGGGAAAGCGAUCGGUCACGCUCCACCAAUGUCAGCCUCAUCGCCGUUCAUGCAUGGCAUUGUCAAUGCACAGGUGCAAACCCAGACUCACGAAGUUGCUAAGAAAGCCAAUCAUGAUCAUAACCGGCCCAGCUUUGAGCUUGACGGUUCGCCGACUAAGAUCUGCGCGAGCUUCUUGACACAGCACAGCAUCGACUAUACGGCAGCUGAUUGGGACGCAGAGAUGGCCCGAGCACACAAGACAGGCUUUGACGCAUUUGCGAUGCAUGUCGACACGCUGGAUGAACUUGACUCGCUUUACCUUGCCACGGAGGCGGCAGCCAGGCAUGGCCACUUCAAAUUCUACUUAUCGCUGGAUUCUCGGGUACUGCGGCACAGAGAGGCAGUGCUCUUGCUUCUUGACAAGAUGAUCGACGCAGACGCAAUUUUGACUCACGGUUCGUUCUUACAUAGCUCGACAAUGCGCGGCAACAGGCCCAUCGUUGCUGCUCGACCGCCGCGUCACGAGACGCCAGCGUCUUGCAAAAAGCUUGGCGAACGUAUCGCUGCACUGGAGAAAAGCGCUAUAGCCCGUCAGAUCGAGCUUCAUUUCAUACAUCCUCAUCCUUUCAAUGCUCGUAAAUUAGACAAAGCCGUGAAGCAAAGAUAUCAGGAAGCAAGUGCCCUCAAUGAUGUCUUGCAAAAGGCAAACAAUCUGUACGGCUUAACUUCGGGCAAUAAUCUGACGAUAGUGCUCGACCUUAUUGGCAAGUCUGCACCUGCUCUGCCUGGCUCAGACAUCUUUGGGCACGUGGCAUAUGCUGCCGAUAAGCUGAUGAGCUUCGGCAAGGACUUCAUGCUGCCCAUCUCGAUGAUGGAGCUCUCACAUGGCGAGGAUCUGGACAACACUCAACAUGGUCCGGAAGCAUACCUCAAAUCUUGGGAUGCAGCGAAACAGCUCGAGCCAUCUUUCGUCGUGCUGGACGCAUGGAAUGAUUACCACGCAUCGAAAUACCUGGCGCCUGCGCCUGCCCAUGUGGUAGCUCGUCACCCAGACAUCGGUGGACAUGCGGUCGACGAAAGCUUGGUCAACAUGACAUCUUGGUUCAUUGCCAAUUUUAGGGAGGAAUCUUCAAAGGAAGAGAAGAAGGAUCGUUCUCAUGACGUUGUGGUCAUCGGCUAUCGCACUCGACCGCGAGAUACUUCAGGGGAGACGACUUCGAGUCACAGCAAACGCAAAGUCAGGCAGGCCACAGCCUGGCUAGAUCAAGUCUUUAUCGUGUCUCGCCUCGAACAGACUGGCUUUUCUGUCAUUGUCGAAAUAGAAGGCGAUGAUAUUUUGCACCGACCACUAGGCUCCGAUUUCAGCAAGGAGACGAUUGCAGUAUGCACGAAUAAGCCGAUCCGCGUGGCACUUGUCCGCCAAGGAGCAGUGAUCGCUCAGGGCGGUCUUGGGCCGAUGCUCACGCAUCACAGCAAGAGCGAGAAGUAUCACUGGCGAUUCGAAUGCUUUACGACGCAUCAAGAUGAAACUGCAGCCGGCGGCGAGAUGAUGGAUUCGCAUGCCAUCAUUGACAACGGUAGCGAUACGUCUGAUCUGAUCAGACUCUACUAA